AUGAUGGACACGAAGGUGGAGGAAUCCCUCUUCCAAAUCAUCCACUGCUGCCAUCAGUAUGCAGCCCGGGAAGGGGACAUGAAGAUCCUGUCCCUGGAGGGGUUGAAGGCCCUGCUCAUGGACAACGUGCCCUGUUUCACUUGGGGUUCUGGCUGGAAGGAGCCAUACUACAUCCCAGAGUUGUUCUGGGCAGCAGACAAGAACAAGGACAACCAGAUCUGCUUUGAUGAGUUCCUCUACAUCCUGGGCAAGCUGGUCAAGGACUACCAUCUGCGGUACCACCUGCAUCUGUGCGCCCGCCACUGUGCCUGGCACAGACUCUACUAG